AAAAAGUGGGGAGGUUCUUCUCUUCUCUGACUUACUAGUUGCAAGGGUUUUAGCAAUUACUUCAAUCUGCUUCAAAAAUGGCGUCCAAAACCUUAAUUCGCACCGGAUCUUCUCUGAUAAACAGGUUGUUUAGCAAUCCAAUCCUUCACCAGAAGACGAGCUCGAAUUCCCCGAUUGUCUCGCAUGGCCUGGACAUCACUCCGAAGCUGUUCCCAUCGCUAUCCGAUUUCCAGUCACCCCUCCAUCUGCACCAAAACGACGCGGAAUCCGUGGCGAAGGUUGCGAUUGAGGGGUUUCUCUAUCCCUCUGGUCUGCCUUCUCUCCGCUUCUUCUUGCCUGACGGAGAUGAUUCUUUCUCAAAAGAGCCAAUGCUCUUAUUUCCCAAGCGGACAUUCCAACCCAGCACGAUCCGGCGAAAGCGGAAUCAUGGAUUCUUUGCUCGCAAGGCAACCAAGGGCGGGCGAAGAGUCAUUGCUCGAAGAAUUGCAAAGGGUCGGUCAAGAAUUACAGCUUAGCAUCUCUGCUGCUAACAAAGAUUUGUUUGUGUUAAGGAUGAAUUAGAUCAAAUUUAAGAGCUUUCCUUUGAGUCGUGGUAAGCAUAGGCUUGGAAAAUCAAGACAAACAUCUGCUUCUUUUAGUGGUUUACAUGUACCUUGAAGGCCUUCUUUGGCUUUGAAAAAAUUGGUAGACCGUUAUGUUUUUGUUAACACUUUUAGAAUGAGCUUUUUAAGUGUUACAAUUUUGAUUAUCUUAUCCUAAAUAAUAUUAUUUGGAGCCA